CGAGCGCGCGGCCAUGACGCAAGGGGAGAGGCGCCGGGCACGUGACAUGCGCCGGGGUUAGAUCCGCUCAGCGGCUGCUUUUCAUUGUUUCUCCCGGGAGGUCAGGGGUCACCGGGGCGGUGUGGUGCAUCACUCCGGUGCAUGUGCGGAAACAACAUGUCGGUGCCGCUACUUACCGAUGCUGUGACUGUGCCCGGAACUGAGCGGGAGACAGCGGUGGUGAGUGGCACGCAAUGCCCAUUGGUAUCCGGGAGAGCCAGUCCGUGGGAUGGGGACACGGGGCGAGCACAUUGUGCCAUGUGGGAGGCAGCCACGCGUAAUGUCACGCUCACUCCCUUAGUACAUGGCGAGAGGUCACACCGCGCUUUGGUCUAAUCGAGGAGCCACCACCUCUGGGAGCAUGACAGGGCUAUUGUUCUGGGGCCUGAUUGUUCAAUUAAAAACCUUCCAUUUAUACUGCUCUAUUUUUACUCCUCCAGGUCAUAUUCCUCCAUGGACUUGGAGACACAGGGUAAGUUAAAAAUAACCAUCUGUACUUGGAGAGCCCACUUUAGUAUUUUAGGGUCUUGUUAGAAUAACCUGACUAGAGGACAUACCUUUACCGGGGUAUUUUGGUGUACAGCAGGUAUAUGAAGUAAUCGAGGAUCGAUAUUUACAUACAUCAUAUACAUUUUAAAAGAAAAUGGGAAGGGAAGGAGGCGAGGAGGAGAAAAAAAAAGGAGUGUAAAGAAAAAAGGAGGAAAUUGUUAUACGAAAUUUAAUGUGGAUAAGCGCAAGAUAAUGCAUCUUGGAUGUAAAAACCCAAGGGCAGAGUACAGAAUAUUUGAUAGAGUCCUAACCUCAACAUCUGAGGAAAGGGAUUUAGGGGUGAUUAUUUCUGAUGACUUAAAGGACCACUAUAGUGUGUUUUCCUGGCACUACAGUGCCCUGAGGGUGCCCCCACCCUCAGGGUCCCCCUCCCGCCCGACUCUGGAAAGGGGAAAAGGGUUAAAACUUACCUUUUUCCAGCGCUGGGCGGGGAGCUCUCCUCAUCCGUUCCUCACCGUCGGCUGAAUGCGCACGCGCGGCAAGAGCUGCGUGCGCAUUCAGCCGGUCGCAUAGGAAAGCAUUUACAAUGCUUUCCUAUGGACGCUGGCGUGCUCUCACUGUGAAAAUCACAGUGAGAAGCAAGCAAGCGCCUCUAGUGGCUGUCAAUGAGACAGCCACUAGAGGAAAUAGGGGAAGGCUUAACCCAUUCAUAAACAUAGCAGUUUCUCUGAAACUGCUAUGUUUAUGAAAAAAUGGGUUAACCCUAGCUGGACCUGGCACCCAGACCACUUCAUUAAGCUGAAGUGGUCUGGGUGCCUAGAGUGGUCCUUUAAAGGUAGGCAGACAAUGUAAUAGAGCAGCAGGAAAUGCUAGCAGAAUGUUUGGUUGUAUAGGGAGAUGUGUUAGCAGUAGAAAGAGGGAAGUGCUCAUGCCAUUGCACAGAACACUGGUGAAACCUCACUUGGAGUACUGUACGCAGUACUGGAGACCAUAUCUCCAGAAGGAUAUUGAUACUUUAGAGAGAGUUCAGAGAAGGGCUAUUAAACUGAUUCAUGUAUUGUAGGAUAAAACUUACAAGGAAAGGUUAAAGGAUCUGAACAUGUAUAGCUUGGAGGAAAAGACGAGACAGGGGGGAUAGGAUAGAAACAAUUAAAUACAAAAAGGGAAUCAUCACAGUAACGGAGACUAUAUUUUAAAAGAAAAACUACCACAACAAGAGGACAUAGUCUUAAAUUAGAGGGGCAAAGGUUUAAAAAUUAUAUUUGGAAGUAUUACUUUACUGAGAGGUUAGUGGAUGCAUGGAAUAGCCUUCCAGCUGAAGUGGUAGAGGUUAACACAGUAACGGAGUUUAAGCAUGCGUGGGAUAGGCAUAAGGCUAUCCUAGCUAUAAGAUAAGACCAGGGACUAAUGAAAGUAUUUAGAAAAUUGGGCAGACUAUAUAGGGGCAAAUGGUUCUUAACUGCUGUCACAUUCUAUGUUUCUCUGAAACUGCUAUGUUUACAGCUGCAGGGUUAACCCUAGAUGGACCUGGCACCCAGACCACUUCAUUGAGCUGAAGUGGUCUGGGUGCCUAUAGUGGUCCUUUAAAGGACCACUAUAGGCACCCAGACCACUUCUGCUUAAUGAAGUGGUCUGCGUGCCAGGUCCAGCUAGGUUUAACCCUUUCUUCUAUAAACAUAGCAGUUUCAGAGAAACUGCUAUGUUUAUAAUAGGGUUAAUCCAGCCUCUAGUGGCUGUCUCAUUGACAGCUGCUAGAGGCGCUUCCGCAAUUUUCACAGUGAGAAGACGCCAGCGUCCAUAGGAAAGCAAUGUGAAUGCUUUCCUAUGGACUGGCUGAAUGCGUGCGCGGCUCCUGCCGCGCAUGUGCAUUCAGCCGAGGAGGAGGAGAGCCCCCCGCCCGGUGCUGGAGAAAGAGGUAAGUUUAACCCCUUCCUCCCCCUAGAGCCUGGCAGGAGGGGGACCCUGAGGGCACUAUAGUGCCAGGAAAACGAGUAUGUUUUCCUGGCACAAUAGUGGUCCUCUAAUGUAUGCAUAUCCAAUUUCCUUGAAUAGUUCUCAAUUUAUUUAAUAUAUCUUUUUUCCAUCAUUGCUGAUGAGCAUUCGGACUUAAAGGUUUGGUAUAUAAACUGAUAGUUACAACCCCUUAGAACCAUUAUAUAAACAUAGCUUUCCUUUAUGGCAACAUGAUUACAUGCUUUAUGUAAGAGAACUUGAUGUAUGGCUUUUCUUUAGUAGAUCAUAUAGCAUCCAUCUUAUCUGUAUAAUCAGCAGCCUGCAGAUAAAUAUAAAUGUUGACUUAUACUAUUGCAUUCUAACAGGUAAAACUUGGCUAUGGUUUGUGCAGCAUUUUUAUUUAAUUAGCACAGCCUGGCAUAUGAUUUUCAAUUUACGGAGUCCCAUGAUACUGAGCCUGCAGCAUAACUCACUCCCUCAAUGUAGAAAACACACAGCAUUAGAACUGAAUCUCAGGGGAAGAUUGCACAGAUUAUGUGCUGAACCUUGUAGUUUGUGUUCUGUGCUUAUGUUGUGUACUUUUACGCCCAUUGUUGUUCAGUGACCUCUUGUGGUCGGUGCCCCCACUCCUACUGAUGCCCAUGGAUUGUGUGGUAAAUGCCCCCAAUCCUGACAGUGACUACAAGUGUGUUGUGCCUUUGCUCUUAGUGAUGCCCAGUAACUUGAUUUAGUACAUACCUAUGGUGGUGUCUCGUCACUCUCCACUUUUUUUUGGAUGUCAGCAGUACAAGUGUAGUGUGUACAUUCUUCCCAGUGCUUGACUUACAUGCAGUAUAUAAACCUUAUUUUUAAUUAAGAACCUCCUGGAAACUGUGCAUUCAGGCAUGAGAUUGUGCUUCCUUUACAUUUUGUGUUCUGUGGCUAAUACUGUUUGCUUGCUCCUCAGACAUGGUUGGGCCGAGGCCCUAACUGGUAUAAGACUGCCUUAUGUGAAGUAUAUUUGUCCUCAUGCGUAAGUAUGUUUUAUAUUGAAUCUGUAGAUCUUUAAGUUGUAUACAGUGUGAAUGUAUGGGAACUUCUCGCCUACGUUAAGACAUUGUCGUCUUUAAUUUUUUAGGCCUCGCAUUCCGGUCACGCUGAACAUGAAGAUGACGAUGCCAGCAUGGUAAGUCCAUGAUGUUAUUUAGUUAAUUUACCUGUGAGUCAAUAAUGAAUUGUCUAUUCACAAGGCAAUAAAUCACUUUAUUCUGUGCAGGUUUGACUUGAUGGGCUUAGGUCCUGAUGCACCAGAAGAUGAAGCUGGGAUCAAGAAAGCGGCAGAUAGCAGUAAGAAGUUCUAAACUGCAUGUUGCAAGGUUCAUUUUACAAAAUAUCAGCAAUGUUUCCAGAUUUUUGUUUUGUUUGACCACUUAAAAUACUGUUAAUAAUUGACUUCGAGGUAAUCAAGUGUGUUCCUAGUAUUAAAUAUGUGCCUCUUGUAUGAACUUGGUUAUGCAAAUUCCGUCCCAUGUAUGAUCCCAUCUCAAAAUUUGUUUAGGUUGUUUUAAGUGCAUGGGAGAGAUAUUUAUAUUUUAUACCUGACCCAGCAUGCUUUGCAAUCAUCCUAUUUAAUACAUUGUAUGUAAGAUUGUUUGCAUGCUGAGCAGUCAAAUCAUACCUGGACAUGUCCUGGGAAAUAAAGCACACCAACCAUUUUAUAUCAUCUUUAUAUCAUCUUCUAUAAAUGUUUGCUGUCAGGGUAGCAAAAUGGCUGGGUGAAAAUGGUAAGGGGAAUUAAAUGGUGUUGUUGUAUUUUGAAUGUAAUGAUUUGUUGUUUCGGUUUGCUUGAUGAUCAUUUAAUUUGCUUCCUUUACUGGUCAGAUCUAAAAAGAUACAUGCCACACUGUAGUGCACAAAAUCUAGAAAAUUAGGCAAAAAUGGUCACAAUUUUUCCAUGUCUGCAAAUUCUUUUAAAAUUUUUUCUUUUUUUUUUCAUUUAUCUUUUUAUUGGUACAAGCAAAGUUCAGACAUUGUGCAGCGCAGUGCACUUAUGACAUGCAUACCCGACACAGUCGCAGCUGUGGAUACCGUUUCCCCACAAGUUUAAUCCAGCAUAUUCCUUGUGCAAGUUUGAAGCCUAGAGUUGCUUCCCAAGGUGUUGCGCUCACUUUGGACUUCUCUGAUUGAGGGCACUGUGUUGUGUGGCUCGUGUCCUAUUUGUGUUGACUCGGUGUGGGUAGGAACGCUGCCUAUAAUGCACGUCUGACAAGCUAUCCGUGUUUCAUUUAGUUUUAUAACUUUGAACUAGGGGUUGGGGGGGGAUACAGAAAGAAAGGUUGGGGGCGGGGUGGGGGGUGCCCUAGACAACACUCUAUACAUAUGUUGGUUGAACCCUGUAUAAACAUUGGUGAUCUUGUCACCGCUCCUGUCUAAUCCUUUGCCCUAUGGCAGUGUAGGCGUCAUAGUGCUAUGGCUCCUGUUCUACUUCCUAGCACACCGUUGGCCAUGCAAAUUUUAUUUUUAAAGGGACUCUGUAGGCACCCAGACAACUUCAGCUCAUUGAAGUGGUCUUGGUGCACACUUCCAUCACCCUUAACCCUAGAGUGGUAAUUAUUGCAGUUUUUAUCAACUGCAAUAAUUACCUGCCUUGGUUAACUCCUCUUCUGUGUUCUUUUGGUUGUCUAAACGACUCUGGACGUCCUCACGCUAUGCAUGAGGACCUCCAGUGUCACUGGAAUCCCUAUAGGAAAGCAUUCAAUAAUGCUUUCCUAUGUGGAAAUCCUAAUGAGAUGGCGGCCACUGCCGGUGGGGGGAGUAGCGUAGGCGGAGUUUUGCCAGUGCCGAGGGACGUUGGCUCUGGACCCAGGUAAGUGACUGAACUGGUUAUUAACCUGUUCGGUGCUGAGGGAUUUGGCCUUGACAGAGAGGGAAGCUACAUUGCCAGGAAGACGGAUUUGUUUUCCUGGCACUAUAGUUUCCCUUUAAUUUACUAUUUUGCGAAGACAUUUAGCCAUUUACACAUUUAUUCUGUUCUUUUACAGUGAAACAAUUCAAACCUAUACAAUGGUUUUUACAUAGGUUUCACAAAUUAAAUCUUAAUGGAAAAACUGAGGGAAAACAAAAGUUGAACUACAGCUGAACCAGACUGUUUUUCUAAAUAUUUUAUUACAUUUCCACAUCUCCUGGAUACACUAAAUGAUACGUCUGGGAUUGUUGACCCAGUUGUACAGAGCAUAUGUGAAAAACUAGACAAUCCUAUAGGUGUGACUAAUCUGAUAUGGUUAUUAAUGUGAUCUUCUUAGUAAUGAAAUAUGUGUACCAAAACUGGUUUAAAAUGAAACAUUUUUUUUUCCGGAGAAGUAACAGUUCUUUGUUCAUUCACCCCACUAAGUUGUCUGCAUUUACUGGGGUGAAGAACACAGUGGAGUUAAGUAAGAAAAAACAACUUGCCUUACUGUGUUUCCGCUUUGCCAUCCCAUGAUGCCUUGGACACCCUGUAUUGUUUUCAGCAGUGGAGUGCGCAAGUAUGCUCAGUAUGUACAAAACUGCAAGACCUAACUCAUUUACAUGCCCCUUCACCAGAUUAAAGGAAUGCUCCAUACCUCUUAAGUACUUCAGCUUGUUGACAUGCUUUAGGGUUUUAGUGUCCCCUUUUACUUUAUAAAACCAGAUUUGAGGCUUCUUAUGGAGAAGCAUUGUUGACACAGUACAGUGAUUACUGUGCAUAUGCUCUGCUCCCACUGCUGAUCUAUGAGGUUGGUUUGGAGAUCUGAGGUGGAGGGGAACUGCAGCAGGGGGUUAGAUGAAAGUAAGCAUUGUUCUUCUCAAACCAGCCUAUUCUAAAUUCUGUUAGUCCAGUCAAAAAGGUUCAUGAGUUUGCCGCAUGGUUAACAGCGUUUGUGAGGGGUUGUGAUUUGCUGUGCGCUCUUAAACUUUAAUUUUCUCUUGUAGUUAAGAGUAUAAUUGAGCAUGAAGUGAAGAAUGGAAUACCAGCCAACAGGAUAAUUCUUGGAGGAUUCUCACAGGUAUGUUUUUGUUUUUUACCAUUUUGCAUGUGUAUUUUGAGAGGCUGUCAAGCAUCUAUAUUUUCUGUUUCAAAAAAAUAUUAUGACUUUUUUUUUAAUCUCAAAUAAACCAUGUGUCAUGCUUGAUUUAUUUAUUUAUUUUUCAAGUUUAAAAUUUCUAACACUGUCUAAAUAUUGUGAAAGAGGCCUAUAUUAUUUGGCUACUAAGUUGGCCUUCCCAUAGUAAUGUGUUUAACCUCCCUGCCAUUUUUUUAAAAAAUUUUUAUUAUGGGGUCUUUUGUUCAUGUAUCUCAAAUCAUUCUUGCUAAAUCAUGUUGCUACUGUCUUUGAACCAUCAUCCAGGCAUAUCUGCGCAGAGGUGAAUUAGUGGUUUUGAUAAGUUAUUUAACUCAUUUUGAAAAUAUUUGUAAUAAAAUUCAUUACUAUUUUACUUAAUAUUUCAGUUCUAUAUGUUUAAGGACUACAACUUACAAUGUUAUUUAAAAAAAAAAAAAAGAUACAGGCCUUGAGAAUUGGAAUCUGUCUGUGAGUGCGGUCUCCUGAAAAGUGCAGUUUCCAGUACACCAUUUGUUGUAUUUGAGUUAUGAGCCCUGCUCUGUAUCUUUAUUUUCAUUUAUUUUAUUUUUUUUAUUCAGGGAGGUGCCCUUUCGUUGUAUACAGCUCUUACCUGUCAACACAAAGUCGCAGGUGUAGUUGGACUCAGCUGCUGGCUACCCCUUAACAAGACAUUCCCUCAGGUAUGGUUAGAAAAACCAGAGUUGUAAAGAUCAUCUCUGGCUGCUGCUAACUGGAAAUUGGCAUUAAAUUGUACACAGAAUAGGUACUAUAUAUCUGCAUGUAAUGCUUUAUUAUAAUGCGUAGGUGGUACCCGGCAUUGUUCCUACAGUGCAUAUUGGACAAAACUGUUUGUUUUUAAAUGCUGCUGACAUAUUCAUGUAUAGCUGCACAGUGGUCCUGCGCAGUUUACAUGAUAGCAUGUGGAGACAUUCUAUCUGUCUGCUACAUCACACAAAUAGUUCUGUGCACUAGGAUACGGAUGAGAUGCAUGAUUCUGACAGUAUGUUGGUCAAAAUUGAGUGUACAAUAGUCGUACAAUCCUUCCUUCUUUAUAUGGGUGUGGUGGAUUAAAGGAUUAAACACAUCACUAGUGGCUGUCAUACAGACAGCCACAAAAGACACAUCUGCACCCACAGAGUAAAACUGUCACGUGAUGCACCAGUUCAUGGGAAAGCAUUGUAUUUAAUGCUUUGUUAGGUCAGGCAUUGGAUGUACACAUGCUCUAUAAGGGGCACUAUUACGUUGGGCAUACAGGUUUGUAUUCCUAAUGUCAUGGUGUUUAUUUAAACCUCUAUUGGAGUUGUUCUUUCAUAUAGGACCUACAACUAAAUAAUUAUGUAUUAUGCAGCUUUUGUACCUGGUGGGAAAACUAGUAUCAGGAAAACAUCAAUAUAUCUGGAUACCUGAAGCUCCCCUCUGUCAACUGGGAUCAAAAUUAGUGGACUCACACUGACCACUAAGCUGUAUUCAGCUCUUAACUUUUCUUUUUUCUGCCAUGUAGCAGAAUAUCGGGUUACCACUAGAGAUCUUAAGACAGCUACCGAUUCUCCCUACAUAACCCCCUGCAGUCUGAUCACACACUGCUAAAAGUGAUUGGUGUUGGUCUGUGCAUAAUGUUGUUGUGAUCAGGAAGGGAGAUCACACAAGAUCAUAUUUUGACAGCCUGUCAAUAUAUGAUAAAUAUUCCUACUCAGACCAUUUUGUACUGUGUGCAUAAGAGAAAUCCCGCUGCUGAUUCCAGUAGUGUCAGGAACUGUAAAAAUGGCCCCACAAUAAGGCUCUAAACAUACCAUGCAGAGAACACCAGGGUCUCUACUUUUGCCAAAUUGGCAAGGUCUAGAAAAUGUACAGCACAGAUUCAUUAUUUUCUUUAAACCUUGUUCAUACAGUAAACCGUAUAAUACAAGUGUCUUUAAAAAAAAAAAAAAAAGUGAUACUUUUUGCAGUAGUGCAGUAGUGGUCAUCUUGCCAGGAACCACUACCGUCAUUUUUUAAUGAUUUGACAUUUACAUUGUCCGGAAGUCUUUUCUGAAACAACUACAGGGGAAGAUCUCCUUCUUCGUAAGAUGUUUUAAAUUUUUAUGGAAGUGAUAGCGGUACACUCAGCCUAACAACUAUAAGCCAAUUAAUUUUGUCAAAAGACAGGGGAAUUGAAUUCCUGCACAUUUUAUUAUCUAGUUUUCUAGCUGUCUGCCCUCAUUCAAAACAGAAAUUAAAUCCACUAUGCCAGCAUCAAAAGGGCUUUUUUAUUCAAAUUUGCUUUUCUAAAUCACCAUUUAUUAACAGUGGAAGAAAUUAGUGGUGAACAAAUUACAACUCUCCCCCGGGCGAGGCCGGGGACCGCCAGGCGCAACAGGGCCACGAUAUAUUUGAGCCCGAGAAGGCACCACGACUUCCCUAAGGGACGUGGGCCCAACGAGACAUCGCUCAAUUGACUCAGAGGGGUCCCAUGACGUGGGAACUCCCACAAUAAACAGCAAACACAAGCCAACUCUGGAUGACUGAUACAACUGAGCACUGAGACAUCACACCAUCCCCAUCCGAAGGGGGAAACACUUCAGACACACCAUAGAUACCACACGUGGACAGCGACUGAAGCAUGAUAACGAUGACCGACCACAAGUAAGCAAUGCGACAGAGACGGCUGGCCUGGGUGCUCCCCCCCCCCCUCGCGGCGGGGGAGGGGACGCAGACCCGGGGAGAGGGGGUAGCUGACCCAGGAGAGAACCCACAACAUAUCUAGGCACCACCAAAGUUAAGGAAAAGACAACAGGAAAGGGAGCCCCAGGCCAGGUGCACGACUAUAGGACCUGAUCCCGCAAACCGACCCCUUUCUCACUCCCCAUGUACGAGGACGUGACCUGGGACCUACCGCACCACUCACCAUCGGAUUGAGGUUCAGCUAUAGAAUUAUACGGCCCUCACUGAUGUGGGCCAGCGGUCAUCCGCUUCCGAUAACGUUUUAUAAAGGUUCAUCUAGAGUUGGCGGUACCUGUGUCAGACGCAAUUGGAGACCUGCGAGUCUCACUGACGAUAUAAGCUCUGCUAUCUGUUAUUGUUUGAACUGCUAAUAAAAGCUUUAUUUACAAAAAAAAAAAAACAAAUUACAACUCUCUUUUAAAUUUUCAAAACUGUGGAGAUACCAGUCUUUAAAUAUUCUGUGAAAGAUAUUUGAUCCAAUGAAUAACAAGGCUUUCAUCUCUAAGGGAUUAAUUCAUUAAAUUUUAUUAAAAAAAAUAAAAUAUAUAUAUAACAGAAAAACAACCUAUUUUAUAUAAAUUCAAUAAAAUUUUAAUAUUUAGUGUAUAAACUCCCUAGUAUAGUAAAAAUUCCUUACAAGAGUUGCAAGAACAAGAAAUAGUUAAUGUAAAAAUAUGUAUAAUGAUUUCUGGCUGGCUGUGGUGCCUGUCUUCCCCCCUCCUUCCCAUUGCUUCCAUCUAGCAUGCUAGAAUCUGGACAGGCUGGUUGUAAACAGGGUUGUUUUCGGGAAAUAUAUGUGAACACAAGCAUUGCAGGUCAUGUGAGAAGGCAUACGUUUCCUGCUAAUGUGACCUACGGUUUCCUUCUUACUGCAGGCUGCAAGUGGUGUAAAUAAAGAUGUUUCCGUACUGCAAUGUCAUGGUGAGGUAGACCCAAUGCUCCCUGUAAGGUUUGGAAACCUCACCUCAGAGAAGCUGAAGUCUAUGUUGAACCCUACAAAAGUCCAGUUCAAGACCUAUCCGGGAGUCGCUCAUAGCACCAGUCAAGAGGUAAGUGCUCUUUACACAUGUACAAUCUGCUAGAAACACACAGCAUAGCCUCUCUUCCUAUUCUGUCUAGAUCUGUGCUGCUUCAUUUUUGUGAACUGAUGGUCAUUCUAUGUCUACAGGAAAUGACAUAUGUGAAAGAUUUCAUGGCGAAGCUGCUCCCACGAGUGUAAUACAGUGAAGACUGACAACAGGAAGGUGUAACUCGGGCUCACUUCAGUGUUUCUUACCGGAUUCCUUGACCACCCACUUCCCCACACGCACCCACUUUGUGCUGAUUUGUGACAAAAGUAUUAUGUGUCCUGAUGUGACUGGAGCUGUUUAAGGUACAGGGUGGAGGCUGCUGCUCCUGCACUUCUCCCCAGUCCCUGCACACUGCAGGCUCUCAUCACUGCUGCUUCACACACAUUCUCCUAGUAUCACAUUUCAUGUCGUUCUGAUGUCCCAGGAUUCCUCUGGAGACUACAGAAAAAACAUCAUAUACCUCAGAGAAGCAGCCAUGUAUUGUGAGAGAUAUAUGAAUGUACCUUAAACACUCUGUCCUCCCAGGAACAUAGCUCAGGCCCACAGCAGCAGGUACUGUGCCACAGUAUAGUUGUACUUCCACAGCCAUCUGUCCCCACAACAACCGUGAAUCACACCUUUGGGACAAUGUCCCUGUUCUCAGUGCUUGGGCUAUGUACUUAGAAGGUUCAUUAUGCAUUGGGAAGACAAAGAAUUUGCUAAUAAAGCAGUAUUACCGUCUGCUUUUUCUUUAAUAAAUUACAAAGCCUUCUACCUUCACUAGA